UUACUAUUUGUAUUUUAUCGUACAGAUAAUAAAUCAGUAGAUAAAAAAUCAUUAAAAUGUAAAACAUCUUACUAGAAUGUGUUUUUCGGACAAUAUUAAAUUUGUAGUAUCAGCUUUUAAUAUAAUUUUUAUCCUUAUUGGUGGUGCUCUCUUAUCAAUUGGCAUUAUCUAUAAACUAAGUUUUGAUCAAUUAUUUCAAGCUAUUCCAGAAUCCUACAAUUAUUUGGAGCUUAUACCCAUUUUAACUGUUAUUGUCGGUGUUGCUCUUUUAAAUACUGCUUUAUUCGGAUUUAUUAUCAUUUCUUUUGAACGUUUCCAACGUUUCCGUCUUAAUACAAUUUUCUGUGUCAUUAUUUUGCUUAUUUUCACUUUCCAAGUAUGUAUAGGGAUUUUUGCACUCAUACAAACUAAAGAUGGGGAUGAUCUUUCGAAAAGUAUUAUUAACACAACAGACACACUUUUUAAUAAAAACGAACAUGGAGACCUCAUUAAUUCAAUCCAAAUCAGCUUAAAGUGUUGCGGAACAUACGGACCAACCUUUUGGAACCAGACAUUAAACAAACCAUUUCCUGAAGCAUGCUGCUCUGACAAAAUCUGCUCAAAUGUGUACACCACCGGGUGUCAAAGUUCGAUUUUAAAAUUUCUUCUAAGUAGUUGUACAAUUACUGGUAUUACACUUUUAGCCUUCUCUCUAAUUGAGGUAAUUGGAACUAUUUCUGUGUGUUAUUUGACCACAAAUAAGAGAAUUAGAAAAAGAAAUUAUGGUUAUCGUCUGACGGAAGAAGAUGAUUAAAAAUUAUCAAAACACUUAAUCAUAUUUUCUCGAAAUAAAAAAGAUAAAAACAUAUUGCAAUGUGUGUGUAUAUUCCCCACUUUUAGUAACACCUUUUCAAAUGCUGAUAUCGCUAGAUAAGC